AUGGACGCCCCCGCCCGGCCGCUGCCCCUGCCGCCGCCGAUGGGCGCCUACGCGGAGGAGCGGGAGCUCUUCCAGCUCCUGCAGAAUAUGCUUGAAGGACUGUUAAUUCAUAAGCCAGAUGAGCCCAUUCAGUAUAUGAUAAACCAUUUAAAGCAAAACAACGACAAUGCUCCAAGAAUUUGUAUACUUGGUCCACCUGCCUCUGGGAAAACUACAGUUGCAAUGUGGCUUUGUAAACAUUUGGAUGCCAUACGUAUCUCUCAGGAGACUUUGUUAUUCAAGGAUAUAUCAGUGCUGACAAAAGAAGCAAAGGCAUAUAAAGAAAGAAAACAGAGAAUUCCCAAUGCACUUUGGGCCAAUCUGAUCCAGGAACGUCUGUCAAACGUGGACUGCAUCAAACAAGGUUGGAUUUUGGAAGGCUUCCCUGAAAACCAGGAACAGGCAUGGAUGCUGCAAUCAUCUGGCAUCAUUCCUGUGCAUGUUGUUGUGCUUUAUGCUCCAGACACUGUACUGAUUGAGCGGAACAGUGGGAAACGGCUUGAUCCCUUCACAGAAGAGGUUUACCAUACGACCUUUGACUGGCCAAGUGACCCUGUAGUGCAGCAGCGUUUGGUGAAACCAGAAGAUACAUCUGAACAAGAGACAUCAAAGAAACUGCUGGAGUAUCAUAGAAACUUCCCUGGAGUUUUCCAGACCUACCAAAAAUUUCUAAAAUUAGUCAAUGCAGACCAGCCUUGCAUGGAUGUCCUAUCACAAGCUCUCACCUAUGUCCAAACCCGGCACCGAUCAGCUGCCCCCUUUACACCACGGAUUCUCUUUUGUGGACCCCCAGGCAGUGGGAAGAGCCUGCAGGCAGCACUAAUAGCUCAGAAGUACGGUGUUGUCAACAUUUGCUGUGGGCAACUGCUAAAGGAAGCUGUUGCAGACAAGACAAAACUUGGAGAACUCGUUAAGCCUUAUUUUGACAACGGAUGCCCAGUCCCAGACAACCUUGUUGUAAAGAUCCUGACAGAACGUCUGAACACACUAGACUGCGUGACCAGUGGUUGGGUGCUUUGUGACUUCCCAAGAGACUUAGAGCAGGGAGAACAGCUGCGAAAAGCAAGAAUUAUUCCAAACAGGGUAUUUUUCUUCAAUCUCCCCUAUGAGUCCAUCAUGGAACGUCUGUCUCAACGGAGGAUUGAUCCGGUCACUGGGGAAAGAUACCACACUACAUUCAGACCAGCUCCAGCACUGGAGAUCCAAGCCCGUCUCAAGCAGAACCCUAAAGACAAGGAAGAAAAUAUUGAGAUGCGCCUGGAAGCCUAUUACAGAAAUGUCAAGGAACUGGAGGAGUUUUAUGAAGAUGCCUUUUACGUCAAUGCUGACCAAGACCCUCGAGUUGUCUUUGAGUUUAUAGAAAGCUGUAUCAUUAAGCCCCUUCCACGCAAGUCCUGACCCAGGAAAAAAGUUGUUUUGUCUUUUCUGGCAUACAUAAUUAAAUUAUGAUUUCAACUGCAGAUUGCAGUAUGAACAAAAAAAAUUAGAAGGCUUGUAAUUAAUAAGGAUGAUUGCUUGAAAUCUCUUGCAUGGACAGUUGGUUUUAAACUUUUCUCUGCAGUGUUUGCAGUCCUAUCACUGAAAUGGCAGGUUUUCAAAAGAGACCAGAACUCAACCAAGCUCUGUCUAGGCUGGGUUGUAAUUAUGAGAGUAAGAAACCAUCCUUCACAGGGAAAAUUUCAGUUAACUUGAGAUCUUUGUUUUGUGAUCCAAGCUAUGAAGCCCUGGGGCCAGGGAAGUUCAUAUGUUUAAUUUACGUAUCUUUUUCUGAUUUUGUGAUUCAGUGAAUGGCAUAUUUGUCUUAACAAUGUAACACCUAUGUAGCCAAUUUGGAAUA